GCUUUACUACAGAUCUCGCAAAAAUUUCUUGUUGGUAAUUUAAAUUACAAGUUCGUAAUCGAAAAGUGCUUCGCGUUCUAGAGUAAAAUGGUUCAAGCAACGCAAAAGAAUCAUGGAGACGCUUCAUUUUAUGAAAAAUACAAAGCCGCCGUGGCAUCAUACCAAAAUUUUAUGGAAGGACUGCAAUUGGUUUUGUCUCAUAAAGAACAUAUGAUGAAGGAAAUAAGUAAAAGACGGUUGCUUCCUUUGUGGUUCCAAGAACUAUCGAACGGGCAAAUCGAAGCCAUGAAUUUACUUUUAGGAGCUAUACAGGACGAUUUGGACGAGAACACAGUAUUCCGUUGCCGAAAAUUAAUUCGACGUCUAGGUGUUUAUCCAAUUUGUCCUGAAGUAAAGUUUAGAGAAGCUCUAAUAAUGUCUCGAGGGAACGAUCUUUCGUUUCUCUGGUUUCUGCUUGAGUUGUUCUACUCGAAGCAACGGAAGGAUUACAGCAAUAAUGAGCGUUUGUUAAUGUCCGCCAUAUGCCACCUUGAUAUGAUGACCACACUUCGAGGAUUAGAAGCGGUUCUUCCUCCUGCUUCUGUAAAAACGAGGUGUUGCUUUAGAACCAAAUGUGAAUUAUCGGACUGUUCGAGUAAUGCACGUUGUUCUCCGUAUUUGGAACGCCAGAAGGUUAUUUGUCGGGAAUUGAAAUGUUCCCAAUUCUGUACAUUUACACCAUCAGCCCCGUUUUGUGUUUCACGUUAUGAAAAUUACAGUGAUCCGAAUUACAUAAUUCCGAAUGAGGCAACCCGUUGGUUUGCCCGCCAAGCACGUGGAAAUCAGACCUCAUUCGAUGAACCGGAAGAGCAAACUAUGCGAAAAAUUCCUCAAUCCAAUGCAUGCGACAGUGCGGAACUCAUUGUGAAGGAAUUGCUGAACGACCAGAUCGGCCUUAUGGUUGGUCAGGUGAAUGAGCAUGAACAUCUCUGUCGGAAGCACAGAGACAUGGAUCAGAGGCGGAAAAAGUUGAUGGGACUGCUGACGAAACGUAAUGUAAUAAGAACGAAGAUUAACGACGAUGUCACCCGGACUCGGGAAGAAAUGCGUCACUCCAAACAGAUUGCGCAUGACAAUCAUAUGAUCAAACUGCUGCUGCGAAAGAUCAUCGAUGAUUCGAUCGUAACCGCUAUGCUAACUCCUCGGAGCAACUGUCCCGAGUGUUGGACAUCAUUCGAACGGCAACGGAUGCUACAGCAGGGAACCCGUUGCUCGUGUGAUUCGGCUCGUGGUGUUUUCUGCCUUCGUAGUAUGCUGGCGAUCAAUCAGACACCGGCCCAAAAGUUGUUCCGAAUGUGCCGUGGAACUGUCCCGUACGAGUUCGAUUAUCACAGGAUUCUAGAAGAUGAUGUGGGCCGUAAAGUUCGUUGUCCAGUCAAGAAGGCUAUUCGAGUGGCACUCGGGAUGGAAGAAAGAGACUGCGACGAGGGACAGGCAAUCGGUCGGUGUUUGAAGGACAUGUGGCUUUGUGAGUUGAAACUGUGGAACGAACGGUUUUUGAAAGGACAGGAAGAAGCUAGACAGCAAAAGAUGGAAGGUGACAUUUUGGACUUUGAAAGUAUUGAUUCCAAAGAUCCUUUGUUUUUGGAACUACUUCUAAAGAGAGCUCUUUUGAAACUUUGCGAGGAUCCGAAAUAUGUCUUGGCGACAUUUCCAGAAGCAUUCAAAAUUCCUUUUCUAAAUGCGUGGAUUCAAAAUCGCUAUGGCGUUCGUGCUUCCAGGAAAGAGAAAGAUAAAUUACUUCACGAGAGUAAGAUUUUCUGGGAUUGGCUCAUACCGAAAGUAACGGCUUUGCGCUGGCCAGGUUGUAAAGAUAUCGGCAUGCAAGGGCGAACCAACUGGAAUUACAAGCGGAGAUUGGAGAUGACAGUUAAAAAACAACUAUCUAAAUUUUAUCGCAAGUUCAAGAAUGUUCAAAUUCAAGAAGGUCGCCUUUUCUGGUCUACAAUGGAUGCCUACAACACAAAUGUUGAUCGAUUCCGACAGAUUUAUCUAGAUUACUUACCCAACUGUGAACCGUUGAUAGGACCAUUGGUAAGGCCAUGGCAUCCGUUCGAGCAUCGUUUGAGUGCAGCUGUAGUUCCGGGAAGCGAGAGUAAAACGCGUUGUUAGUUGCACUCAUGAAUAUUUAUUCUAAUAUAAUUCUAUAUACUAAAUUUUUGUAUUUUGCUACAAUAUAGUGUAUUUGUAGGGCUUUUCAGGAAUAAA